AUGAUUGCAACGUUGAAAAUUCUUCUACUAAAUUUAUUAUUCUGCUUUGGCCGUCUCUCUAUAGCCUGUGCAGCGGACGAUGACUGCAGUCUCAAUGGUGUUUGCUCUGCCAAUUCGACUUGCACGUGCGAUACGGGCUGGAGGGCGGCAGACUGUAGUGAAUUGGAUCUGCAGCCGGUCGAGAGAUGGACAGGUUAUAACCACACGAACGCUACGGGCGUAGAUUUCUAUAAAGAAGGCGCUGGGAACUCGUCAUGGGGCGGCCAUAUCAUCCAGGACCCGCAGGACAAAACCCUGUUCCACCUCAUAACCUCGCAAAUGUCCCAUGGAUGUGGGCUCAGCGGAUGGAAGCCGUUCAGCACGAUCAUCAGGGCCGAGUCGCGGAGUGGACCUCGUGGCCCGUACACGUGGGCACAAGAUCUCUUCGGGCCAUUCCAUCAUAAUCCAACAACAAUGUGGAGUCCAGCAGAUGGCCUGUACUUGCUUUAUUUCAUUGGCCAGGACAUGGAAACGCCCAACGGAACGUGCAAGUCCAGCAAGUUCAACAACACGAUCUCGGUGACAAGCUCGCCGGAUUUGCGCAGUUGGACUAAGCCCCAAGCCCUUCUCUACAACGUUACCAAUCCCGCACCAUUCCCGCUCUGGAGCCCCGAGAGUGAAACAUCUGAGAUACUGCUGGCCGUGGAGAAGAAUAACAUUUACUACGCGGAUCAGUACACAGUGCCCUACGAUCUCAUUGUCGAACCUCACAACUCAGACCGCUCCGAAGAUCCAUUUCUCUGGCGUGACAAACGUGGAAACUGGCACUUCCUCGUCCACUACAUGGUCGACAUCGACUUGGGCCUCAAAGGGCCCCGGGUUGGUGCGCACUGCUUCGCCAGGGAUUGGAGAGGCCCCUGGACGUUCAACAACCGGACACUUGCGUACAAUACGACUGUCGAAUUCUCGGACGUAGGCCAGACGGUGUACUACAGGAGAGAGAGACCGAAGUUGUUCUUCAGCGACGAUGGCGAAAUGACACCUCUCUACUUGGUGAACGGCGUCCAGGAAUUCAACGCGACCGGUGGAGGAAGCUAUACUCUGAUCCAGCCAGUGGGCGACAAGUGGAGGGCCUAUGAGGAGGGGUUGGGAUUUUGA